AUGGCGUACCGGUUCCUCCGAGAGGGGCUUUACACGAGGAGGCAAAGUCUUCGUCGCAAUGGAUUUACACCUUUUGUGGAAGACCUAAUUUGGGAGGCAACCAACUGGCACUAUCAACAUUAUAUGCGACGUGUCGCCAGGGCAUCUCUUCUCACACACCAGGACGGGGUGACAGGGAUAGUAAAGCACUUUAGGGCCGCAAGGAGUGCUAAUCUGGCACGGGGUACCGAACGCCUGUUCCUCCGCAUCGCAACACCUAAUAUCGUCCCCUAUCGCAGACAAUCUAAUCCAUUCUGCCAGAGAUCGAGCAACUACACCGGCUGGCAGCUUUGUCACCGGCAACUGGAACGUUCUCCGCGCCCCUACCGUUCAAGGAAACUAGGAGGUACCGACCUCUCGGUACCAGUUAUGCCGAAACACUGA